AAAGGAGUGUCAGAUAAAUGUCCCUCCUGCCCCACUUUUGGGCCAACAGCGGGUAUAAAGGGUUCCAGGGUGGGAAGGGAGCACCUGCCACCUGCACCAUGACACGGGCUAGUGCUCUUGUGCUGCUCUGCACUGCCUUGCUCCUGAUCUCGGGCAGAAAUUGUGACAUUUGCCCAGCUGUGAAGAACGAUGUGAAUAUAUUCCUGACGGGAACCACUGACGAAUACAUUAAUACAGUAUCAAAGUACCAAAACAACUCUCUAAUAUUGGCCAAUGCCAAAAACCUGAAGAACUGCAUGGAUCAGAAAUUGACAGAAGAGGAUAAGGAGAAUGCCCUCAAUGUGCUGGAAAAAAUAUACUCAAGUCCUUCGUGUUAAUGGAGCCAUCCUUGCCAGGAGCCCCAAGGAAGCCACUUGCCUGAUCACUAAGUAGUCUCAGCAAUCUGCCAUGUCCAGGUGUCUGACUAGAAGAUUCCAGCAAUAAAACCCUUGCAAUUCACGAGA